AUGGCGAACAAUAUCUAUGAAAGUGAACGAAGAGGUAGUAAAAAUAGGGCGCUAGAGAGAUCCCUAAGUUAUUCAGAAGCAAUCGGCAAUGUAUCAGGAAGAUCGUCAAUAGAAAUACCAAGGAUUUCUCAUACAGAAGUCUACGCAAAUGAAGAAAUUAAGAAACACUACAGGAUUUCCCAAACAUACGUCGAAGGCAAGGAGAUCGCAUUUCCAUGCAUCACGAAUUUUGACGCCAAAAUUCCAGUCAGCUUCGAGGGAGGAGGCUAUGUUGAUUCUCCAUCCAGCGAUGAUGAACAGACGGAUACUGGCCUAGUGAUGACUAUUGACGUUGAAACCGAAAGUCCUAAAUCAUCAGAGAAAAGACAUACCUCUGAUGCAUCCACCCAACCUCUAGUUAGCUCGAGUCCACCAGAUAAUAUCUAUGAGAGUAUAGAACCAGCGGAUACCAUUAAUGAUAGCACGUAUAAUGAGAUACCACCAUCGUAUGGAUAUGCAACACCAUAUACAAGUAGACGGAGAAGAGAUGGAAAAAAACGUACUCGACAACAUGGAAUUGGCAGACAGAUACGUUCUAGAAGAGUGGUAUAUAAGAGCGGAGAAGAAAACGUUCCUAUCCGAAGUAAUAUACCGGCAAAAUCAGUCAAAUACAUGAGGGACAUUGUUAAUACUGUAAUAAACAGUAAAUGGCGUUACUUGUUGUUACUAAUGGUGGUAUCCCAUUUUGCAUUCUGGCUGUUCUUCGCAAGCAUCUGGUGGGUGGUUUCAUCAUCCUACCAGGACGAUAUCGGAGAUGGAAAACCUCACUGCGUCACGGGCACGUCUUCUUUCGCUGGGUUACUCAUGAUGGCUGUAGAGACUCAGAUGACGAUUGGAUAUGGCGUUCGGUAUCCCAAUGAAGAAUGUCCCGAAGCCAUCAUAGUUAUGGUCUUGGAGAUAGUGGCCGGUACAGCUCUGUCCGGUGGUCUUACGAGUUUAUUAUUUACAAAAUUGAUACGACCAAAUAAGCACGUUUGCUCUGUAGGUUUUAGCAAGAAGGCUACGGUAUGUCUUCGAGACGGAAAAUUAUGUCUUCAAUUUCGUGUAUGGGACUUGCUGAACCUACAUUUGGUUGGAAGCAGCAUCACAGCCUAUCUACUAAAACCUAUCAGAACUGUAGAAGGAGAAUACAUGAGCAACUACAUACAUCAGAUGAAACUGAAGGAAGCUCAUUCAUUCCUAUUGUGGCCAAUCACAGUGGUUCAUAUUAUUGACUCUGAAAGUCCCCUGUAUGAUCUAUCUGCCCAGGAUAUGAUGGAUUACAGGUUCGAAAUAGUGGUGUGUCUUACUGGUUCAUCCAAAAGCAUGGGGACGUGUACUCAGAGCAGAUCCUCAUACCUAUCUAAAGAAAUAAUUUGGGGAUACAGAUUCAAGAAUGUUGUUAGGUAUUCCAAGAAAGAAGAAGCGUACAUGAUAGAUACAGACAAUCUUGAUACAGUAGAACAAGUAGAAACGCCACUAUGCAGUGCAAGCACACUAAAGGAACUAGAAGACGAUAUUAAAACCGACCUAUCUCCAGAUUCUAUGUCUCAAUCCUUGCAAUAUGACUCUCUUUUGUCGAAGGGUUCUCUAUCCCCCACUAUUAGUAGAAGUGGCACUCAAAGAAGCUAUGGUUGGAAUUAUAGGAGAUUUCUCCAGGACAGGGAUGGAAAUAACAUAGGACAGUAG